UUAUUUAAUUUUUGUUUUUAAGCUCUGAUCGUAGUCUAGCCGGAUCGCCAACCAGUUGGGUAAAUGUUCUGUCGAACCCAGUGGAGGAGGUUGCUGCAGGCUCUGAAUCGUUGGCACAGCGUCGCCUUCAGCAAGAGGUACCUGCUUUACACAAACCUCAGCAUCUCGACCAGCCUCAGCAUGGUGGGCGACACGAUUGAGCAGUCGUACGAGCGCUAUGUUGGGGAGAUCGAUGGCUGGAACCGGACGCGCACUCUCCGCAUGGGCACUGGCGGUUUCACGGUCGGCUUUGUCUGUCACCACUGGUACCAGUAUCUGGACCAUCGGUAUCCGAAUCGCACCAUCGGCAUAGUGAUGCGCAAGAUACUGCUGGACCAGAUCAUCUGUUCGCCCUUCUACAUCGCGGUCUUCUUCAUAACCAUGGCAGUGCUGGAGCGCCAGAGCUGGGAGGAGUUCCAGGCGGAAGUCAUGGAGAAGGCAAUCGUCCUUUAUGUGGCCGAUUGGACCGUUUGGCCGGCCGCCCAGUUCAUCAACUUCUUCCUUAUCAAGCCACGAUAUCGUGUCAUCUACGACAAUUCCCUGAGCCUCUGCUACGAUGUAUACACCUCAAAGGUGAAGUACCGGAAGAAGCCUGCGCUCGAGAAAACCGGAGCCUAGGCGACGGUGCAUUCGGCAGGGACAGAGUGUCUGUGAUUUAUGUAGUUCAGCAUUUUGGUAAAUAAAAUUCUGUCGUAGCCGA